UACAGGACUACCACCAACUAACUCCUAACCAUGACCAUGGGAAAAAUCAUCUUUUAUGAGGAGAGGAACUUCCAGGGGCGCUCUUAUGAGUGCAUGAGUGACUGCCCUGACAUGUCUUCCUACCUCAGCCGCUGCCACUCCUGCAGGGUGGAGAGUGGCUGCUUCAUGAUCUAUGACCGUCCCAACUUCAUGGGUAACCAGUAUUUCAUGAGGAGGGGCGAGUAUGCUGACUACAUGCGUAUGAUGAGCAUGAGCGACUGCAUCAGAUCUUGCCGCAACAUCCCCAUGCACAGAGGAUCUUACAGAAUGAGGAUCUACGAGAGGGAGAACUUCGGAGGCAUGAUGAACGAGCUGAUGGAUGACUGUGACUCCAUCAUGGACCGCUACCGUAUGUCUGACUGCAUGUCCUGCAAUGUUAUGGAUGGCCAUUGGCUUAUGUAUGAGCAGCCCCACUUCAGAGGCAGAAUGAUGUACAUGAGGCCUGGCGAGUACAGAAGCUUCAGGGACAUGGGAUUCAGAUGUAUGAGCAUGAAGCGUAUCAUGGAUUCAUGCUAUUAAAAAGCAACUGCCUGUAAUAUUUGAGAAUGUUAAUUAAAAUAAUUUGAAGAUAAA